ACAGGUGAUGGACAAAACAAUCUGAUUUGAAAAAGGACUUGGAGUAUUUAUCUCAGGAAUGGAUUCUCCCAACAACACAGUGACAUCUAAUUUAGCUACUACUGUGGAAAUUGAGGAUCAAAGUGAUAACUCUGAAUCUUCCGGUAGCAGCUUAUUUAAAACUCAGCAUGUUCUUUCUUCACCUAAGCGGAGGCAAGAAAACCCUCUAAGGACAUUUGUUCAUUCAACCAAAAGUGUUCAGGCAAGAGCUUCAUCAAGUGAUUCCUAUGUGGAACCAAAGCCAUUGACUUUAAAAGCUGUUUUUGAAAGAUUUAAGGAAAGGGAACAUAAAAAAAAGAGAAAAUAUAAGCCAACGGGAAGACCAAAAGGAGGCAAAAACACUAAAAGCUUACAAAUAGAUAAAAAACAAUUUCAAGUUAAGGGAACUGGUUUCCCGUUUUUAGAAUCAGAGAAUGGAAGAAACCCACUUCCUUGGAAAAAAAUUUUAACCUUUGAGUAAGCUGUUGCGAGAGGAUUUUUCAACUACAUUGAAAAACUGAAGUAUCAAUGCCACCUCAAGGAAUCUUUGAAAGAUGUUGGUAAAGAUUUAGAAAAAGUAGAUCCUGAUAGUCGAAGAUACAAAUACUUAGAUGAUGAUGGAUCCAUAUCUCCUGUUGAAGAGCCAAUGGCUGAGGAUGAGGAUACAACUCAUCUUGAACAUAGUGAUGAAUGUGAUAUCAAAUCGGUGGAGGAUAAUUAUUUCAUAAUAAGUUGUGAACCACCAAAGAAGAGGAAGGUAAAUUUAGAUGAAGAAAAUGGUGAAGACACUGCAUUGUUUAGAAAGUAAGCUUCAAAGGCCAGAGACAUUGGACAAAAAGGACAGAAUGAC